UGUAUUUUCUAUUGUAAACAAAAACACAGUCAGUGCAUGUCAUACUCACGCAUCCGGUCUGUAUGGGGAAAGUCUAGUACUACCUGACCUCCUGCAGUACUGCCAUCUCUCUCUACUUGUAUAAAUACCUCGUUAUAGGCUCUGAUAGAAGCACAGGAAGGAGUCUGAAGGCAAUAUGGCUGAUGUAAAGGCUUAUGCAAGGCUGGAAUGGAGAGAGUUUGAAUAUCUAAUGACCAAGAGAAGGAUAGCAAUUGGGAGGGACAGCAAAAUAGGCCAUGUUGAUGUGAAUAUGGGCACGACUAGAUUCAUCUCUCGUAAACACCUUGAGAUAUCGCUCGAUGGCUCAAGGUUUUAUCUUCUCUGUCGCGGGAAGAACGGGAUCUUUGUCAAUGAUGUCUUUCAGAGACGAGAGGCAAAGAGACUAAUGUUACCUUCACCGUGUAUUAUUCGUUUUCCUUCCACAACAAUCAAAUUAGUAUUCUCAUCUCUUCUAGAAGAGAAUGGCUACCAUGGUGAUGUUAGGCCCUCCAGUCCCCUCCCACCUUCGUCAGCUUUCCAGUCUCCCUACGUGACCCCGUUACCCUCUCCCACUGGCACGAUAAGGUGGGUGUGGUUUAGGUUGGGCUUUAAUAAGAAAAUGAAGGGACUUUCCCUUCAAGGCUCUGACAGAAAACAGACCUUGAGUAACAUAUACCAGUUCAUUUCUGAUAAGUAUCCUUAUUACCGGCUUGAAGAUAAGGGAUGGAAGAAUUCAAUACGUCACAACUUGUCUCUUAAUCAAUAUUUUAUGAAAGCCCCAAGAGAGAGGGAGGGGCUAGGGUUCGGUAAAGGUGGCUACUGGUGCAUGCAUCCUGACUAUGAGGACAAGCUAACCUCACAAGCUUAUGUUAAAAGAAAGAAGAAAGGUAUACCUGUCUUCCCUACAGCAAGCCUAAUGUCCAGGAGUGCUCCUCCUUCUCCGACUCAUCAUCAUUUUGCUCCUGAUAUUAAUCUUAAAGACCAUCAUGAGAGUCAUUUCCUCAUCCGUCCUUCACCGAUGCCACACCCUCACUUUACUCUUCCGACUUUCCUCCCCCGUCUCCCUCAGUCCGCCUCUCAUUCUCUACCCGCUAGUCCUAAUCGUCUACCUCAUUUUCCAACAGCAGGGGGCCCCCUUAGAUUUUACCCCCUGGGUAUUAAUUCCACAGCCUCGUCAACCGAGGCCCUAGCUUUAGAGUCACGUCAUAGGCUCCGGGCCGAUGGGGGAAAAGGGGAGGUACCCUCAACCAAACGUCCUUGUCUUGAUGAUGGAGGAGUUCCCAAACCUCUUGGUCGUCACGUCGGUCCGGUCAUUAUGGGCGGGGCCAAUCACUCGUUAUUGGGGCCACAUCCAAUGUUUCCCAGAUUUCCUUAUAUGGGCAUGCCGUUAUUGAAUCCGCCCGUGAUGGCCACGCCUCCUUGUCCGCCUCGUAUGAUUAUAGAAGAGAAAGAGGAAGAGGAUAAAAAUGAAGAGACACAAGAAGUAGAAGAGGAAGGGGAGGAGUCUGAGCCUUAAGCCACACCUCUUUUUGCUGGUUAGGAGUAAUUAUAUUAUUAGAAGUCAAUUAUUCAUUUAGUAUGCCUGGCCACGCCUUUAUUAAUGGGUGUGGUCAUGGUUGACACUUAACUUGCUGUAUAAAGUGGGUGUGUGCUAUUAUUGUAUUGUACUGUACGUGGGGUGGGGGGUCAGUUAAUUUUUGUUUAAUUUCCCCCCUCACCACUGCUCACUUUUUCUCAUUUAUUUUGCUUCACAUUUUACAUACACUCACCCCAAAAAUUUAAUAAAAAAUUAUUAUUAUUAUUAUUAUUAUCAUAAAUAAUAACUUUGAACUAGAUUUCAAUUUAUCCCUCUGUCUUCCUAAACUCUCAUCAUUAUUAUUAUUGUUGUUAUUAUUAUUGUUGUUGUUAUUAUUAUUAUUGUUGUGUUAUGUUUUAUUGCCGCUAAUUGAGAAACAAAGUUUAAAAUAAUAUUAAA